AUGAAUUAUACUAAAUUAAAGAGCUAUUCGGCUAAUGCAAUAUCUAAUAUACUACCCAUUGAUCGUGAAACGUGCGGUGAAUUGGUUGAUUAUGCGUUGACCUUACCGACGGAUCAUGAAAUAGAAGCUCACUUCUUAAACUUGUUGGGUGAAAGCGAUGAAACUUCAGCAUUCUUAACUAAGUUCAUGUCAUUAAAAAAAGAAGCUGAUGAUUCAGCCAAGCUGACUAAUGUGAAAACUUUAGGUAGUAAGACCAAGGGAGAAUCGGCACAUAUACCAUCAUCACUGACAACCGGGAAAAAUCAUAAAGCCUGGACUUCUACGCCGUCCGAGUCAGUAGAUCAUAAACAAAAAGGACGAUUGGAAAAUAAUAAGACUUCUAAGACGACAUCUGAAUUACUUGAUUUGAAAUCUCCUUCGCCUGUCGCAAAACGAAGCAAAGGUUCUAAGAAGAAGAAAAUUGACAACUUGCAAGAUAUUGAAGCCGUCUUGAAUGAUCUAGAAUUAUCAUCCAGGGAUGAUAUUGACAUGGAGUCUUCAAGUGUUAUUAGAAAGAAAUGUAAUUGCAUGGGUAGAAGACAUCCGUUAUUUGAGGUAGCUCCUAAUUGCUUGAACUGUGGUAAGAUUAUUUGUGCAAAGGAAGGUCUACAGCCUUGUUCGUUCUGUGAAAAGGAGUUGUUGUCUUUCAAAGACAAAUGUGAAAUAAUAAAUUUAUUGAGGGAAGAAAAGACUAGUAUUGAAAAUAAACAAGACUCUUCGAGAAGCAAAAGUCCACAAGAUCAUACUCAAGGUUCUAAUCCCAAAAACAAAAACAAGAAAAUUGUUGUCACAUUAAACGCGGGAGAGAACCUUUGGAGAGCACAAGACACAGCAUUAAAGAGAAUGGAGGCGGAUAAGAAAAAGGAUCAGGAAUUAUUGGAAAAGAUAAAAAGAGAGAGAGACGAGAUUGCACAACAGGCGAAGGAAUUGCAACAUUAUGAAGAAACUAGCAAGAUAAAUCCAGAAUUAGUGAAAGCUCAGGAAAGGUUAGAGACAUUGCUUACAUUCCAAGCGACUGGUGCAGAAAGGACUAAGAUCAUUGAUAAUGCCUCAGACUUCGAAAUGCCAAAUUCAAACAGUGGAAAUAUGUGGUUGUCACCAAUGGAGAGAGCAUUGCAUUUAAAAAAACAACAAAAACAACUUCGCAAACAUGACGGGGUUAAGAAAGCCAGAUCCGGCAGAGGUAACAGAGCCGUUGAAAUGGUUAUAAAGGAUGGAAAAGUCACCAUGGUUGAGAAGCACGUUGGUAGCUCAAUGAAAGAUAACGAAGAAAGCGAGGAAGAUGAAGAGAUCGUAGGUUUAGAAAAUAAGGUCAAGGAAAGUAGAAGUGAAGGUGAAAACGCAUCGUCUAAAAAUAUUUGGGAUUAUAACAAAUACAGUAAUAGAUGGGAAAAGCCACUUUAUUUGCCUUCGGAUACUGACUUUCAAAAUGUGCAGAAUACAGACCAACAACUAUAUAAGCCUAGAGUGCAAUUCUCCAAUGACGCUGAGGAGAAUGAGCUCCUUGUUUCAUUGCCUUCCUAG